UUUUUUUCAGAUUGCUGCCAUGUCUACCCUUUGCGAACUGCAGUCUUGGCUCAUCUACCAUUGGUUGCCUAUGGAUAAUAUCCACUGAUUCGUGCACCUUAUAAUAACUUUAUUAUUUACACAAAAGCUCAGAGGAACGACUACAAAUGGUCAUGUCGGAGGGCUUCAAAUCCCGUGACAUCGGCCUCCGGGCCCAGAAGAAGAUCCUGAGCCGGAUGGCGAACAAGAACGUCGCCAAGAUGUUCAUCGACGACACCACCGCCAGCCUUCUCGACAACCUGUACCGAAUGGCGAAGCAAUACACCGACAACAAGAAGGAAUCCGAGAAGCUGAUCAAGAACAUCAUUAAGGUGGUGAUCAAGAUUGGUGUUCUAUACAGGAACGGACAGUUCAACAAUGAAGAGAUCAGGAUUGCUGAGAAGUUCAAGCACAAGUUCCACUCUGCAGCUAUGGCGGUGAUCAGCUUCCAUGAGGUUGAGUUCAGCUACGAUAGGCCGUACCUGCUCAAUGCCCUCAACGAGUCACAUAGCUGCCUCAGAAAGGUGGUCUCACGACACCUCACAGACAAGUCCCUCCAGCGCAUCGACUCUGUCUUUGGAUUCUUCGACAACCCGCAGUUCCUCGACGCGGUCUUCAAACCUUCAUCUGAUUACAAGGAGGUGCUCGGCCGGCUUGUGUCCGAUAUAAACAAAGCGAUGGACGAAGGAGGCAUGUAAACCUGCAGAAGCCCUGUUGUUAGGAACAACUCGGAGCCAUGAAUACUUGCAGAUACAAUGCACUUAUUUUUCACCACUCUAAAGAGAAAAGUGAUCGCAAUACCAUUUUGUUUUACUCAUUGUUAAAAAGCGAUGCCAUAUAUUGCAAUAAAAGCUUGUACUUUGCACAGAAUGUCAUUAACAAUGCCUGAAGUUCAAGCAAAUUUUCAAAAUACCAAAGAUGAUGUAUUUUAUAAAAGCAAUCACGUUUUUAUUGACAUUUGCACUUUGUUGUACUAAUUUGUUUUCCUCAUUGUACUUGGAAAAAAAUUGUGUUACUAUUAACAUUUUGUGAUUUAUUUAUUUAUUUAUUUAUAUUUAUCUUCUUUUUUUGUUGCUAGUAUCAAAAGUUGUACUGUCAAUGGAUGUGUUAAUUCCCCUAAUGUGGGCCCAAUUGAUUGGAGAAAGUUUGUUUUUAACAUUUCUUAUGUAAAUAAAAUGGACAGAAGUUUAUUGAUGUAAAUAAUUUUUUUUUUUUUUUACUCGGUUAGUCCAAAUUUUAGCUGGUGACAAAGAAGCUACUAAACAAGGGUACAAAAUUCAUAUAUAACUAUCAUGAAAAGACACAACACAAAUUGUGUACAUAACAUAGCAUGUGUACCAAAAUUUGUAGAGUUAGUUAGGUGUUGGGUGUUGUCUUAAAAAUGUGUAGUCAUUGUGUUCAAGUUCAAAAUAAGUGAGUCAAUAAAUGUUAAUUAAGUGCCUUGCAUGGUUUUAAACAUAUAUAUAUAUAUAUAAAACAGUGGUCUCAUAUCAUAAUAUUAGUGAAAUUUACACAAUUAUUUCUCUUAAUAAAUAAUCGCAGUACCCUGUAAUAUAAGGAUUCAAUAGCUAAGACGGUAUAGUCUUUUUUUGAUAUUGAUGCUCUAUUCAGGAAUACCUCAAAAACUGGCUUUUAAUAUACAUAUUUUGGACAUCUUGAACAUUUAAACAUAAAACAUCUUUUCUUUUUUUUAUAUUAAAUUAGGUGUUUUUCAUGAUAUUUUUAAAAUAUUUUCCAGUUCUUGAACAUAAUAUGAGCAAUGCUACAAUUGAAAUAAUCUUGCAACACGUUUUUAGAAUGAUCAUUAUACUGCUAAGAAAAUUAUUUAUAUGAUUUUUUUAAUGUUAACAUUAUUUUGAAACUUUGUGUGACCCAUGCUGAUAGGAAUGUAAAAAAUUCCUGAAAGGUUAAAUUUCACCAUGCAAUCAAUUCAUUUUUCAGGGAUUCUUUAAAAAAUGAAUAUCGGUUAGGCAGAGAAAUUAGAUAGUUGUAGUUAUAGACUAAUAAAAUCUGAGAGAAGUUUGCUGUAAAAUAUGUUAUUGAUGUUAAACAUAAUUGGUGUUAAAUGUACCCCAACAAUUAUUUUCCUCAAUAAGACAUAAAAAUUGACUAAGUCAACUAUUUUCUUAAUUUCUUAUAGUUACCAGAAUUGUUAUUUUCAUUCUAUUUGUCAGCAGAAAUUAUAAAUUUCAUCAUUUUCACUCCAAACAGUUUUAAAACCAAUUUUUCCUUUGUUUUUGAAGAAUGAAAUGAAAAAGUAGUCAGGAAGAAUUCAAAUCAGUGGUAAUAGUAGUUGGGCAAUUUGAAGUCUAGCUUUUAAGUCUUUAUCAAAUGUAAAAUGAGUGAUGCAAAUUAUGAUAGGAUUGAUGAUAGCAAUAUUUUAUAUUGUUCUUUCUGCAUAUCAUUUCUAUUUGUACUUUGAAUACUCUCAAAAUAAAGUUUGUAAUAACAAUAAAUUGUAACUUGCAAAUAAAUGCAUAUAAAUACUU